AGACUGAAAUGUACAGCAAUGAGACAGACGGCAACUUCAGCGGAACAGGGGCAGGGAAUUUCGGUACUUUCAUUUUUUUGUAAAUUACGCUUAGAGUUCGUAUUUGAUUCGAUAUAUUUUGGAAUACAAUUAAUGUAGGGUUUUACAUGUAAGGCAUCUUUCCGUCUUGGAAGGUCACGACCCUCUGCCAAUACUCCGUACAUCGCAACCUUGGACAUACGACCUUCCUCCAUUCGUAAUACAUGGCCUCUCCAAGGAAUGCGACUCUGACCAAUGAACGACAUUUUAGAUACAACUAUAGAAAUGAUAUGUGCGUAAUGCAGAAGACAGCCACAAAUGGAGGUGGAUAGUUCUCAUGUCAUCUGUGGCGCCCCAACGGUCCAAUAACUAAGGGACAUGAGAUGAUGAAGAUGAUAGAAAUUAACGACAAUUUAGAUACACCUAUAGAAAUAAACGACAAUUUAGACACAACUAUAGAGAUUAAUGACAAUUUAGAUAAAACGAAAGAGAUAAAGGACAAUUUAGAUACAAAUAUCGAAAUUAAUGACAUUUCAGAUAAAACUAUUUUUUAAAAAAAAAACGACAGUUGGCAGAAGAGGGAAUCGGGCGCCACAUGAUGGAGACGGAAAAAAAGGGGGGGGGGAUGGGGUUGCUUGCACCCUUCAACCUUUAAAUUAUCGUACUAAUUUAGAAAAAACAAAAGAGAUAAAAGAAAAUUUAGAUAAAAAAAACGAAAUUAAUGACAUUUCAGAAAAAACUAUUUUUUAAAAAAAAAACGACAGUUGGCAGAAGAGGGAAUCGGGCGCCACAUGAUGGAGACGGAAAAAAAGGGGGGGGGGAUGGGGUUGCUUGCACCCUUCAACCUUUUAAUUAUCGUACCUAAACUCAGUGUAAAGUUACAUCCACGUCAUCCACGUCAUAUUGUAACUGGCCAAUUCAGGAAGUGAACAAAUUUGUCACAUUUCAGUUUUACUGGCAACCCUUGAAUACCGCAACAUCGUUACGGUGUGGACAACCUUCAGUGAACCGGAAGUAAAGAACGAAGCAGCAGUGCCAUGCGCAGGAAGGCCAGAAACAUCUUGUGACCCAGUGUUACAAGGUGUGUGAUUCAGAAAUGUAACAGUUUGAAUGUCUGGGCAUGUCCCUGAAGAUCUUAGAAGUUAAGCCAUGAUGAUGACAUUUAAUGGGGUAUCUAGACCGGUGCUUCUCAAAAGUUUCACUUUGAUGGACCAGCAGAAAUGGAUCCAUAUAGGAUAAAAGUAAUAUUUUUUAUACAUAGUUGAAUAAUUUAAUCCUUUAUAAUAACUUCAAAUUAGUUCGUGGCUACCAAAAUCUUCGGACGGUCAAUUGACCCCGUUUAGGUCAACCUAUCGCGCUAAAACUUGGCACAUAGACUCGUUGCCAAUGACAAAACUUUCUUUCAAAUUGUCCCCCCCCCUUCCCCCCAAUCACAUUGUCCCUGUUUUUCAAGAAAAAAUAAAAGGGGUGGGGUGGUGAAGGCUUUAUGAUGCCACUGCUUUCUCAACAUACAAUUCUGAUAACUGCGCCAAAUGAGAUUCUUUCAAAACAAUUAUCGCAAGUGCAUUUGGUGCGUAAUAUUUUAUUUUGUUUUUUCUAAAAUUGUUGGUGAAAUAAAUCUGCUGUGUAAAAGCGUGUGGGACAUUUAGAAUGUUUAUAUAGUUUAGGGGCGCGAAAAAAAAAUUGAGUUUUAGAGACUUGGGGGGGGGGCAGUAAUUUCGAUUCUUAUUAAGUGCGUUGCUUGUAUGCAUGUCUUUUUCAGAUUUGCAGCCCCACCGACAUUUGCUUAACGUUACAUUUCAUAAGGGAUUUGACGAAAAACUUCGUUUUUAGUGGUUGUUAUAAAUUGAACUUUCUCUGCAUUGUUUAUUGAUGUUGCAGUAUUUUCCUACCCAAAUAGCCGUAUAUUACCUGUCACUCUACGGCACGUACUUAGCCUACGUCAUCGGCAUACCUGGUAGUUUCCUGACUUGCCUUGUCCUCACUCGAAUGCGACCUUUCAACUCUUCACUCGUCUGGUUCACAGCCAUCAAUGUGACAGGUAGAGUUUUAGUGGUGUCCCAGGCGUAUGACUUAAACACCUUCACUCUUCCCUACCACGCUUUCUCACAUCUUUUUCCCACCAUUCUUUUCCAUUAAUCUUUCCCACUUGUCCUUUCCACCUAUAUUCCCCAUCUUUCUUUCACCACAAAUCUUUCCCACCUAUCUUUCCCACAAUUCCUUCUAUCAUUCCAAUCAUCUUUACAACUAUUUUAGUCCACCUCUAUUUCCUACCUAUCUUCCCACCUAUAUUUCCCUACACGCUUUACCACUAUUUUUUCCCACUUUUAUUUUGCCUAUCUCCUAAGGUUUUACAGAAUAUCUCAUUUCGACAAUAAUAAGUCAGCAAUCUAUAACGCCAUAAAAAUCAGUCAGCCAUCUUUAAAGCCUUAAGAAUUAGUCAGCCACCUUUAACGUCCUAUCUUUAUUUUGUUUUGUACUGACGACAUUUCCAGGUCUAUUCAAUCUCUCCAUGAGGUUUGGCCUAAGCGUGCAACUAAUUUUCAUUAAUAUUGAAGACUGGAGUUGCAAGUUUUUGUACUUGAUGGCCCCGAUAUCUGAGUACUCCACCCAUUUGUUUCUAGUGGGUCUGACCGUGGAGAGAUUCAUCGCAGUUUGGUUUCCACUCAAAAUGGCCGUCUGGUGUUCCAUAAGACGCACAGGUAAAUGUUGCUGUAGACCAGUGCUUCCCAAACACUUAGUUUGUCAGGCCCGCAGAAUUUAAUCACAUUUUAGGCAUGAUACUGAGGUCAAUAUUUUUUUUUAAUUGCAAUUCUUUCCCCUUUAAAACAUACGAAAAAAUAUUGAUCACAUUUCCCUGAUUCGGCGAAUAUUUAGGUCAGGUACGGAAACUGAUAUGUUGAAUGUGAGUUCAUAGAAUAAAUCAGGUAAGAAUACUGCUAUGAUGAAUGUGAGUUCGUAGAAUAGGUCAGGUAAGGAAACUGUCAUGCUGAAUGUCAGUUAGUAGAAUAGAUCAGGUCAUGAGACUGCUAUGUUUUUAAUGUGAGUUUGUAGAAUAAAUAGGUCAGGUAAGACUACUGCUAUGCUAAAUGUGAGUUCGUAGAAUAGGACAGGAAUGACAACUGCAAUGCUAAAUGUUGGUUCUUAGAAUAAAUAGGUCAGGUAAGAAGACUGCUAUGUUGAAUGUGAGUUUUUGAAAAGGUCAGGUAAAAAUACUGCUAUGUUGAAUGUAAGUUAAGGAAUAGGUCAUGUAAGAAGAUUGCUAUGCUAAAUGUGAGUUCGUAGAAUAGGUCAGGAAAGAAGGCUGCUAUGCUGAAUGUUAUUUAGUAGAAUAGUUCUUAUAAAAAAACUGCUAUGUUGAAUUUGAGUUCUUAGAAUAAAUAGGUCAGGUAAAAAAACUUCUAUGUUGAAUGUAAGUUCAUAGAAUAAAUAUGUCGUAGAAUAGGUCUGGAAAGAAGGCUGCUGUGCUGAAUGUGAGUUUUUGUAAUAGGUCAGGUAAGGAGACUGCUAUAAUGAAUGUGAGUUCGUAAAAUAGGUCUGGUAAGAAUACUGCUAUGCUGAACGUAAGUUCGUAGAAUAGAUCAGGUAAGGUAACUGCCAUGCUCAAUUUUUGUGCGUAGAACAGGUCAGGUAAGGAGACUGCUAUGCUGAAUGUGAGUUCUAAGAAUAAAUAGGUAAGUUAAGACGACUGCUUUGUUGAAUGUGAGUUUGUAGAAUAAAAAUAUUAGGUAAGAAGAUAUGCUGAAUGUGAGCUCGUAGAACAGAUUAGUAAAGGAAAUUUCUAUUCUUAACGUGAGUUAAUAGAAUAGGUCAGGUAAUGGGACUGCUAUGUUGAAUGUGAGUUCGCAGAAUAGGUUAGUUAACGAGACUGCUAUGCUGAUUGUGAGUUUGUGGAAUAAGUCAGGUAAGAAGACUGCUAUGCUGAAUGUUAGUUCGUAGAAUAGAUCAUGUAAGAAGACUGCUUUGCUGAAUGUGAGUUGUAGAAAAAGUCAGGUAAGAAGACUGCUAUAUUGAAAUUAUUCUAAAAUCGGUUUUUGCAAGUAAAGGAACUAUAUUAUACAAACUAACCUUCGCCAAAGAAGUCUUCGUACCAGACCUAUUCUAAGUUCCACUAAUUGUUUCCCUAAUUUUUCUAUUAAUUGUUUUAAAUAAUGUUCUACUAAUUUAUCGUCUAAUAGUCAACUAGUGUAUCUGCUAAUGCUCUACAAAUUGUUCUACUAAUGUUCUACUAAAUGUUCUACCAAUGUACUAUCUGUUUAAAUCCAGUUUGUGCUAUCGUCAUCAUUACCAUCAUUUGUGUUGGCCAGUCCAUCUAUGUCAUAGAGGUCUACAGACUUAACGCUUUAGGUCUUUGUGUAUUGAGGGCAAAAUAUGCAGACUUCUGGGAGAGGUAUGUCAACUUUAGAUCUUUGUGCAUUGAGGGGAAAAUUGUGCAUACUUCUGGGAGAGGUAUGUCAACUUUAGAUCUUUGUGUAUUGAGGGCAAAAUAUGCAGACUUCUGGGAGAGGUAUGUCAACUUUAGAUCUUUGUGUAUUGAGGGCAAAAUAUGCAGACUUCUGGGAGAGGUAUGUCAACUUUAGAUCUUUGUGUAUUGAGGGCAAAAUGUGCAGACUUCUGGGAGAGGUAUGUCAACUUUAGAUCUUUGUGUAUUGAGGGCAAAAUAUGCAGACUUCUGGGAGAGGUAUGUCAACUUUAGAUCUUUGUGUAUUGAGGGCAAAAUGUGCAGACUUCUGGGAGAGGUAUGUCAACUUUAGAUCUUUGUGUAUUGAGGGCAAAAUAUGCAGACUUCUGGGAGAGGUAUGUCAACUUUAGAUCUUUGUGUAUUGAGGGCAAAAUAUGCAGACUUCUGGGAGAGGUAUGUCAACUUUAGAUCUUUGUGUAUUGAGGGCAAAAUAUACAGACUUCUGGGGAAGGUAUGUGAACUUUAGAUCUUUGUGUAUUGAGGGCAAAAUAUGCAGACUUCUUGGAGGGUUAAGUCAACUGUGGUGUGUAUUGUUAUUUUUCUAUGACAGAAACAGCACAUCACAGAGAAAUACUUGACAUAAGUUGUUCAUCCUUUACAAAUAGGGACAUACAUUAUAAGAACAUGCAUCAUAGAAACAUACAUUAGUGGUAUAUGGCUGUUGUUCUCAAACUUCCUAGUUCCGUGACCCUUUAAUACAGUUCCACUUGUUGUGGUGGACCCCCCCCCCCCAAACUCAUAAAAUUAUUUUCGUUACUUCUUCAAAAAUUGUGCUUCCCUAUGGUUUAAGUUGACCCCUGCGUAAGGGUCACUCGACCCCCAAAAGGGGUCGCGACUCACAGGCUUAUAUAACCGCUGGCUUAUGGGGACAUACAGUAUUUGUUUCAAUUUGUUAUUAUUAGACAUAAAAUAUCCUUCAAUUGGCAUCGAUUCAUAAGAUAGGAUUUUGCUUUGCCCAGGGGUGGCGAGGGGUCCAUAGUGAUCCGCUGUAGCAAAUUCAUUUGUUACUUUGUAAGUUCAAAUUCAUUGGUUACUUUGUAAGUUCAAAUUCAUUGGUUACUUUGUAAGUUCAAAUUCAUUGGUUACUUUGUAAGUUCAAAUUCAUUGGUUACUUUGUAAGUUCAAAUUCAUUGGUUACUUUGUAAGUUCAAAUUCAUUGGUUACUUUGUAAGUUCAAAUUCAUUGGUUACUUUGUAAGUUCAAAUUCAUUGGUUACUUUAUAAGUUCAAAUUCAUUGGUUACUUUGUAAGUUCAAAUUCAUUGGUUACUUUGUAAGUUCAAAUUCAUUGGUUACUUUGUAAGUUCAAAUUCAUUGGUUACUUUGUAAGUUCAAAUUCAUUGGUUACUUUGUAAGUUCAAAUUCAUUGGUUACUUUGUAAGUUCAAAUUCAUUGGUUACUUUGUAAGUUCAAAUUCAUUGGUUACUUUGUAAGUUCAAAUUCAUUGGUUACUUUGUAAGUUCAAAUUCAUUGGUUACUCUGUAAGUUCAAAUUCAUUGGUUACUUUGUAAGUUCAAAUUCCCUUUGGCCUUGGUUGGGUUACCGGGUGGAUCGCCGCAAGGGCGUAAUAUACAGGGGGGACUUGCAUCCUGGCACCUAUACUCUGUAAAAGGAGGGGAAAUCCUGGAGAUGGAGCUCUCGGUGAGGAGGUGGGGGAUUCGUAUGAGCUUCGGAUAGGGUGGCUGACGUCAUUCCUUCUGCAACAAAUUUUUUCGGUUUUACCCUAAAAUCUUGUUAAGCUUUUGGUUUCGGUUUUGGCCGAAAGUAAUUUUUAACUUAGGCUUUGUUUUCGGCCCAAAUCAGAAAUUCCCAUUCCGCCAGUCUCUAAUGAAAGAUUUAUUAAAUUGAAUAAGCAAUUCUAUCCAUAUCCAACAAAAAAAAUAUCCAGUCAGUAGAUUCACAUGCGGGGGGGGGGGGGGGGGGUCUGAAAUGUGACUGACGUUAAUGGGUUUGAUUCCAAUUUUGUCUAAUAUUAUCGAAUUACGAACUCAUGAAAAACUUUUUUUUUUUUAAACUUGGCGUAUAAUAUUCCUUAAUGUAAAUGAGUUCCUCUUCAAUUUUUGAGUUGAAAACUAUUUAUUUUUUGGUUAUUCUAUUUUUUUUUAAAUUUUACCAAAUUCCUAAACUUUUCCUUAUUCAGCAUCUACGAAAUGGUCAUCAUUACAACCGAGUUUAUCUUGAUCCCCAUUCUCGUCAUAAUUGUCCUGAACAUAUUGAUAGCCAAUCGGAUUAAACGAGCCAAGCUGCUACAUCAACGCAACUUAACAGACGCCCAAAGUUCGGAUAAAGUAAGGCAGCACUCACAGGUGAGACUAUGUGAAUAAUACACUCGUGUCUUACACUCGUCAUCAUACAAACAAGUCCCUCCAAUUAGCACGGUCACUCUAAUUUACCCAGACGCUAAAAUAAUCUGUUAAGCACUGACAUCUUUUGUGAGAAAUUAAUCUCUUGUUUUAAGUUAUGGCUUGUUCAAACAGUGCACAACAAAGGACGAUAACAUAUAGAAAAUACAAUAGCAAAAAUACGACAACCAGAACAGUUGCUAAUUACAAUUAAUAAGAUUUAUUUAAGUAUUAAUAUAAUUACAAAAUAAAAGAAAUAUAAUUACAAAUCAUCAACUUACAGAGUAUGGUAAAUCUUGUACCGGUACACAAUUAGUACAAUGUGCCAAUUAAUUAUGAUGAAUGAUCAAUGCGAAUAAACACAUAUGAGUACACAAAGAAUAAUACACGUCUCAUGAAGUUAAAAAUAUAUAUCUGAACCUCUGUUCCUGUCAAUCCCUUAUAUAUGCAGCGUACGCACUGCCUUCCAGAAACUACUCAGACAUUGUUUACGUUUCUCAGCAAAUCGAGAACGUUCGACAAGAGACUAGGAGACAGACUAACCAUGUUUAAUUGGUAGUUGAUAGUAAACACGACACAUCAAAGAGAUUAAACCACGCCCACAACAAACGUUAGGGUCUGCUAGGAAUCUAAUGUGGGGUCAAACAAAUUUCACGGCACGGGGAAAUCCUACAUAACAUAAUCCCAAUUACUUUAAUGUACCUGUAAUUUCAGAUACACCUUUCAUGUCAAUCCAAAUUACGCGUUACCCCAAGUCAACCCAGGCUCACCAUCUAGCGCCAAGUCACUUAAUCCUCACCGACUACACCCCAAGUCAACACAGGCCCACCAUCUUUGGUUGUUCGUUAGUUGGGAGUUGACCAUCACCACUUUAAUAUUCAGAGUUUUUGCUUGUUCUGUCUGUGGGUACGCAGAUGGCUAAUGAGGCCGAUUCUGGCACGAAAUUCUCUUGUGCAGUAGGUGCAGGGGAAUGAUGGCGUAUCUCCAGGAGCAGAGUCAGACUGGUGCUUUACGGCAUGUCUCUUGCGCUCAGCAGCCGCUGUUCUGCCAACUUCAUGUUGCAUCGAGUUCCUGUGUAAAGUGGAACGCAAGGAGAUUCGAUCCUUUGCUUUUUCCUCCCAUGUGUCUGGGCUUAGGUCCAACGCUUUCAGUGAGGCUUUUAUGUUGUCUUUAAGGCGUUUUUUCUGUCCGCCAGCAGACCACUUUCCUUGUUCAAGCUCACCAUAGAAAAUUCUUUUGGGCAGACGGUAGUCUGGCAUUCUCACAACAUGUACCGCCCAGCGAAGCUGGGACUUCAUCAAGAUUGUGAAGAUGCUGGGGAGACCUUCCCGUGUGAGCACCUUAGUGUCUGGGACCCUGUCCUGCCUGUGCGAGCACCUCAGUGUCUGGGACCCUGUCCUGCCUGUGUGAGCACCUCAGUGUCUGGGAUCCUGUCCUGCCAUUUAAUGUUUAGGAUUUUUCUGGUGUAUGAAAGUGUUUCAGCAUUCGUGCAUGGCGUUGGUAGACCGUCCACAUUUCACGGGCAAAAAGCUAGGUAGGAAGAACAGCUGCCUGAUAUACUUUCAGUUUAGCUUGAGAGCUGAUACCAUCUACCCCCCACCCCCAAGUCAACCCAGGCCCACCAUCUACCACCAAGUCACUCAGUCCUCAGAACUCAGGUUCACCAUCUAUCCCAAGACAACCCAUGCCAACCAUCUAUCCCCAAGACAACCCAGGCCCAUCAUCUACCCCCCAAGUCAACCCAUGCCAACCAUCUACCCCCAAGUCAACCCAUGCCAACCAUCUACCAACAAGUCAACCCAUGCCAACCAUCUACCCCCAAGUCAACCCAGGCCAACCAUCUACCCCCAAGUCAACCCAUGCCAACUAUCUACCCCCAAGUCAAUUCAUGCAAACCAUCUACCAUCAAGUCACUCAGUCCUCACCAUCUACCCCCCAAGUCAACCCAUGCCAACCAUCUACCACCAAGUCACUCAGUCCUCACCAUAUACCCCACAAGUCAACCCAGGCCAACCAUCUACCCCCCAAGACAACCCAUGCCAACCAUCUACCACCAAGUCACACAAUCCUCACCAUAUACCCCCAAGUUUAAAAAAUUAGAAUCUUCAUUUUUUCAUAGUGAAUUUUCAAGACUUUCUGACAAUGGAUUAAAUUGAAGAUUUUCAUUUCAGAUCAACCGGAUGUUGACGGCUGCAUCCAUAACGUCCAUAGUUUUUCUUGCACCAGAGAUCUUCAACCGUUACAGCGUAGGUCCACUUCUUACGUUAGAGGGUGUCAUCGAUGGGCACACAUUGCGUAGGGCUCUGGCCGCCUUGUCAAAUGUAUGCAGCUGCUUCAAGGUGUACAAAUAUGCGGCCAAUUUUAUUGUCUACUCUUUGGCGGCUCAAAAAUUUAGGUAAGGAAUUGUUGAUAUGUCACCGCUGGGCUGAAUUGUGCUUAUAAAUGUACUCUGAACUUUCAACCAGGUAGUAUAGAGUAGACGAGACCAGUGGAUUGACCAGAUUGUAUAGAAUAGACAGGACCAGGGGAUUGAACAGAUAUUAUAGAAUACAUUUGACCAGAGGAUUGACCAGAUAAUUUGCAACAGACUUGACCGGAAGUAUGCCUGACUUUGAUUGAGGCAUUCGAUGAUGUCCAGGCACCAGGAAAGCCUCUCAUUAACCAUUCUCUGAGCUACGUUCCCUUGACACGACGUGUGCAUGUUCACCUCUCACAACGGGAAGCAAUUUGUUCUUACGGUAAUCACCUUCUUUUGUCUCCUCCACAGGAUGGGAAUUGUAAGGUUGUUGACAUGUGACAAGUAUGGUGGAGGCGUAAAGAGAGGUGGCAAGCUGACCAAGAAACAUACCAACUGGGCAAUCAAGUGAUAGGCCUGGUGUAUGUUCCUGGUAUUGGUGUCAAUCAAGUGGUGGACGUGGUGUAUGUUCCUUUUAUUUUGUUCCAUCGAGUGUUGGGCCUAGGGUAGGUCGCUCUCUCAGCCUGACCACCAAACGCUCGUUGGUUGAACAUUUAUUAUUUCUUAGUAUGUUUUUGUUGAUUAAGACUAUAGAGGAAUUAACAGCUUCGC